AUGAAUGCAAGGAUGACAUGGCUUCAAUUAAAUUGUUUUUUUCAUCAACAAAUUUCCAAAACAGUAGGAAAAAACUUCAAUAAAAAAUUUAAAGCCAUGGAUACAGUGCUUGCUAGGGUAUUAAAGUUUAGUGCUUGCUUGUCUAUAGAACAAAAACACAAACGGCUAAUUGGAAAUAUAAAGCCAGACUUUAAAGAUUAA